AUGGGGCUUGCUGGAACAAAGGUUAAACAGAGAUUCGGAUUGGAUCCUAGAAAUACAAACUGGUCCAAUGAUACGACUAGAUUUGGUCAUCAGCAUUUGGAAAAACUUGGCUGGAAGCCUGGAAAGGGGUUGGGUUUAGUCGGUCACGCUUUGACUACCCACGUUAAGGUGUCAAUAAAGGAUGAUAAUUUGGGUUUGGGAGCGAAGAUGAAGAAGAAAGACAAAGAAUUGCUUAAUGAUGAUGUUGCAUACGGGCUAGAUGCGUUUCAAAGGAUCUUAGGCAGAUUAAAUGGGAAUGAAACACAAGUCAAUCAAGAACUUGAGAGAAGUAGAAAAGAAAAAAUAAUAAAUGGUAAACUUGGUAUCCAGUUCAUCAAAGGUGAUGUUUUGAAGAGUACUUGGGAUUCAGAGAUGAAACAAUUGAAAGAGAUACCAGAAAAGGCAACACAAGAAAAGAAAAGAAAACACGAAGACCAUGGUGAGUUCCAGGGGAUGAAGAUAAAAAAAGUGAAGAAGAAAAACCUGAAGGAAAGUAAACAGAAAGAAAAGAAACUAAACAAAGAUAGAGUACUGAAAUCGCUGAAAUCAAAAAAGUCAAAAACGAAGGAUAAUAGAGAAGAAAACAAACUGGCGAAAGAUAGAGGAUUGAUAAUAAAAAACAAGAAGAAACAAAAUCAGAAGAAUGAAGAUACUGCAGAAAUGCUGCAACCAGUUGCCAUAUCAUCUAGAUUAUCGGCACGUUCUAAAUAUAUCAAACAAAAGAAAGCGUCCAUCAUGGAUCCUAAACUACUUAACGAAAUUUUUAUGAUUACAAAAUAG